AUGUCGUCGGUGUCGGUUGUUUUUGAUCUUCGCUACACGGACUUGGAGCUUUUUGAGUCGGCGAGGAACGCUUUUACCACGGCAGUGGGCGAAAUGCUGGCGCUCUCACGCGCUGCCGUGUUUGUGCGAGGGGAGCAGUGGCCACGUGUUGAGGUGUUCGCGGCGAAUGGAAGUCGCCUUCUGCCUGUUUGGGAUGCCGCCCGCGACACAAAUGUGAUGGCGGAUGCAAUGCGCAUACUAUCGGCGCUCACCCCGGUGCGUUCCCCGGCGCGUGACACGAACCAGUGCGUCGUGGACUCCUUGCAGCAGCUGUUGUACUUCACGGCUCAUCCCACAACGGAUAGUUUGCGCAGUCUCUUUUUCUUUACAACCUUUACAACGAUCAGUGAUUUUAGUCGCCUUGUGCACUCGGCAAAGAUUCUCGCCAUACCUUUUAUGGAACAUGCAUGGGUCUCGCUUCACUUGGAUGCCACCGCGAUGACGACAACCUCGCUUGCGUUGACGCCUGCCAUCCGCUCUAUUCGAUGUCCCAUUGCCCCUUUGGUUAUCCGCAGUGUGAUUCAGCAGUCAUUAGCGGCUUUUUUGCAGCUGCAGCGUCACGUUCCUGUGUCGCUGCGCUUUGGUCGCUAUACUGUGCCAUGCGCAGCGCGCCGCUCGUUCUUUGCGCUUCCCACGCGUUGUUGUACUGCUGAAGACUUUGAUAUGACGCGAGAAGGCGGGACGGGGGAAUCCAACGGCGACAGUGCGAUCAUGUUGCUGACUGGGCGGCAUGUUUGCAUCUCCCACUUUGAGCGCGAACGCUGGGUGACGCAGGAGGUGGCGCUCACGGCGGAGGGUGUCGUGAGCAGCGAUGCCGUGAGCGAGGAGGCGUUGUACGGCGACGGCUGGACACUCUGCCCGAAGGACUCGGGCCAGGGCGAGCGCCACCCCGAGGAAUGGAUGUACCACCUCUCGAAUGAGCUCAAGGGGGAUGUGCUCAUUCUCACAACCCAGCAGCCGCACCUGGACCCGCCCCAUCAGCUGGCGCUGCCUGUCUCCACGUUUGUUGGCUUCUUCCUGCGACCGACGCAGUUGUACCUACGUGCCCUCAUUCCACCAGAGCUGCUCUGUGAGCAGCUGGAGUCUGUGGGGGCAUGUGCCACGCGCUACCGCCAUGACGCUGCCCUCUCAGAUGAGCUAAAAAAGACGAUGAACACUCUACGCACGGAUUCCGCGGUACUCCGACUGAGGAGGCCGGCCGGCGUUUGUCGGACGUUGGUGCAGCUGCAAAGGAGUCAACAGUUCACUCUUCAGCUUGGCAAGUCACAGGGCGCCGUGAAGCGCGGCGCGGCACAGCCGCUUCAUGCCCUUCACAGAUAG